ACUUCAAAUUUUCUCAGGAACCAAACAGCAAGAAGGAAAAUGUCACUUUCUCACAGUUCUCUCGCCUCAGCCCCCAAAUUCUCCUCCUCAAUUACCUCUCUAUCAGCAACGAAAAGAAUCACCAAUCUCCUAUCCAUCAAACCCCGAUUUAAGCUCAAUCCACCUUCCAAAUCCUACUCUCCGUCUCUCUUCACCGCUAAACCCAACCUAAACCCUGUACUCAAGCCACAUUUACCAUCACCUGCAAUCCGAUGUCUAUUCACCGGCAUCGUAGAAGAAAUGGGCGAAAUCAAACACCUCGGUGCCACAGAGGAUGGGGGAUUCGACCUUAAUAUACGGGCAAAAACCGUCCUCGAAGAUGUGAAUCUCGGAGACAGCAUUGCUGUUAAUGGGACCUGCUUAACAGUGACCAGUUUCACUAAUAAAGAGUUCACCGUUGGAUUAUCCCCAGAAACACUGAGGAAAACGUCUCUUAUAGAGCUGGAGCCCGGGUCCCUGGUCAAUUUGGAGAGGGCAGUGCAGCCAACGAGCCGUAUGGGUGGGCAUUUCGUGCAGGGGCACGUGGAUGGCACAGGGGAGAUAGUUGAGAAGGAGGCAGAAGGGGAUUCGCUGUGGGUGAAGGUGAAAGUGGACAAAGGGUUGUUGAGAUACGUGGUGCCGAAGGGGUUUAUUGCGGUGGAUGGGACUAGUUUGACGGUGGUGGAUGUGUUUGAUGAAGAGGGAUGCUUCAAUUUCAUGCUGGUAGCUUAUACACAACAAAAGGUGGUGGUUCCUUUGAAGAAAGUUGGGCAGAAGGUUAAUUUGGAGGUGGACAUUUUGGGGAAGUAUGUGGAGAGGUUACUUAGUAGUGGGUUUGUUGAAUCCAUUAAGGCUUCUUGAAACCAAAAUAGGAGUCAGGACAAUGGCCAUUACCGUUAUGAAGGGCAAUUUCUUUUUUCUUAUUAUAAUGGUCAUUACUACCGUUGUGUAAAGGUAAGGCCAUCACAGUCAUUACCUUAUGAGAACUUUUUAUUUUUUGAGACAGAAGGUCUCUUUCCCAAUAUUCACACACGUUACAAAAAAAAAAAAGAAAAGAAAUACCCUUGUUGGUCUUUGAUUCUUUAGUCCACUUCAAAAUAAUUCUACAUUUUAUGGGAGAUCAUGGAAAUAUCAUGUAGAAAGGACUAGGGGUUUAUUAGUUAAGAUUAUAAACAGUUAAAAUAAUUGUGGACUAAAGAAUGCAAGUCAACAAUUGUAGGUCUUUAUAUGAUGUAUUUAUGCUUAUUAGUUUGUUGGAUCUCUUUACUUUUAUUUGAGUCCAUUAUUAUUCUCUCAGUUCCCUACAUUUUGCAUAUUUCUCUCAAUGUUUGAGUGUCGUUUUCUUUACAUUAUAGCCAUGACAGAACCGUUUCUGUUACACGCAACCACAGUUGUUGUUGCAUGUGUGAACACGAUUUAAAUCCUUGGUUUUAGUGUUUCUCUUUGUCUUUAUGCCUAAUUACUUUUACUAAUUUAAAAAAGAAGUCUGAACAUCUGAAUAACUUGUAUUUGAGAAUGAUGAUAUACAGAGUUUACCCUUAAAACUUAAAACAGGACAAUUCAUAUUUCCAUGUCUUUGCUUCCACUCUUGUUUUUGACAUUUUGCUUGUGUGCGGCAGCUUUAGUGUUACUGACUUUGCGUUACAUUAGCUUUUUGAUGUCAUUCUAAUUCGAAGACUCCCUUGAAAAUGGAAUUUUCAUUUGUUUAAAAUCUUGCUAGUAGCCACCAUGUUCGGGAGAGCAUAAGUACAUAGGUUUACUAAGUGAGAUCAUAUCUUCUUUCUUAUCUCAUUUUAAUAAGAUAUUUUCAGAAUAUGGAUCUUGAGAUGCAUCUGUUGAAACAUUCACAUUGCAAUUUAAUGGUGUUCUCCAUUUUUGGAGUGGCGUUCUGUUAGCGCAAGGCUAAGAAUAGAAAUGGAGAUGAGAAAAGGAAGAGGAAUUGGGGAUGAGAAGAGAAUUUAGAAAGGAGAUGAGGAGAGAAUUGGAGAAAGGAGGUGAGAACAGAGGGAGAUGAGAAGAUAGGGAGAGAUAUUAUUGAUUAUUCUUGAAUGCCAUUUAGAGGUAAGAGCUCUCUCCUUUAUAUAUGUACGUGAGUAACUACCUUCUAACUAACAUUUAUUUUCUCUCCAAAUUCCUUAUUCAGUUACAGCAGUUACAACUUUUCCCUCCAAAAGUGUAUCUUACUAAUUCCUUCUAUAUGUGACACGUUCAUAGUCCCUCUAUCUGUAAGAAUUUUUCUGCUUAUGACCAAUUAGCAUAGGUUGGGUUGCAUACAAUUUUGGAAGAAGUCAUCAUUCUGAAAUUUUAUGCGAUUCUUGAUCUUGCACCGGCCUAGAUUAAAUGCAUAAACUGACAGCAGGUAAUGCACCUGCACGGGUCCUAAGAGUUAUAAAAUAGAAACACGAGAAAUUUUUUGAUGUGGCUUUUGGGAUUGGGUUCCAUCCUUAGACAAGCAUAGUAGACUGGUUAGAAAGAAAGUACGCAAGACAAGUAAUAUGGCUCAGAACAGCACUAUCAUGGAAUAUUUAGAAAGCAUUAUUCAGGCACAAGCACGGAUAUAUCCAAGGAAGUGUGGAUGACUCUAUUAAGCCUAAGAAGGUACAGAUUCAUCAUGUGCUUUUGACUCUUUUAUCACCUUGAAGCGGCCUAUACCAAGUAAGUUUACUGGUUUGUCUUAGAAAUCAGCCAAUCUUUGAUGUUACACCGGAGGAUGUUGUAUUUGUCUCCCACAAGACAUUGGACUAGAGACUGAAAACCAUUUAGCAUCUUGCGUUAUCUGUUUGUGAAAUUUGACAAGCUUCAAAGUAAAAAUGAGUUUGUUUCUGUUAAUGGAUCUAUAUGAUUGAAUUGUAAUAAUGAUAUCUCGUGCCAUGCUUGAGUUGCUAGGUAGGCCCCUACAUCUCAGUAAUAAUCCACAACUCCAUGAUCUGAAACCAUUUGAUGCUUCGAUUAUUAAAUAUAGAGGGGAAUGAAUAAGGAUACUCGUGUGGUACCCGUGAAGUUUGCUUGCUCAUCCUGAAAGAUCAACAUAGCUAAGCAGGUUAUAUAAUCAAGGCAAACUGGAGCAGAAUAUAUGCAAAUUAGGUUCUCUGAAAAAUCGAUAUUAUGUGAUCUUCAAAGUUUCUGAUGCAACUGAAAAAAAAUGUCAAAAGUCUUUGUUUUUAAUUUAUUUUUUUAUUAGAGCCUGAACAAAAAAUAAGCAAUUUUGAUAGGCUUUAUUUGGGUAGGUAUAAAUUUAAACAAUGAGAUAUUUGAAUGUGAUAUUAUGUUAUGGGCAGUUCGUGUUUAGAGCUGGUGGACUCGAGCCUGAUUACACAAGUCAAUUAUUAUUAUUAUUAUUUUAUCUAUGUUUCAUUAUAUCUGUUAUAUUUUGGGUUGGGAUAGAUCAGGUGAGAUGAAUAUUGUUUGUCAUGCCUUUGGUUUGUUGAUUGCAGCUUGCCUGCUCUAAGAUUAAUUUAUCAGGAUUAUGUGGGCUUAAUUCUUAUAUAAUUACGUAGCAAAACAACUGCAAAAAUUAGUUUAUUAAUGGCAUUGUCUUUUGUGCCUGCUUUGUCAGCAAUUGAUAUGCUUGAUGCCUUAUUAUAAAUACUGUGAAAAGCUUAAUUUUUCUCUUGAGAUUUAACUUUAUAAUUGUAUCCCUCGUUUAUAGUGGCUCAUAUUCGUUGACUCAAAGCAUACUUUUUCUUUUCCAACUUUUGAGAAAGUUUAAUGCUUUCUUAUCUUAGGUAUGCAUUUGAUUAACUUGUGUGCUGGAUGAUGGUGUCACGUAACACUGCACCCACAAGCUUAGUCAGAUUUCAUUUCAAACAUUUCACAACCAUCAUCCUCUAAUCUGAUUAUGUACACCUUCACAUCCAGGAAUUUUAUAUUGUGCUGAGGAAGC